AUGUCUAAAGACUGCGAGAAGCACGGAGGCGGCGACGGAGGAGAAGGAGUCGCCACUCGAAUCUGCGGAGCGAUCAUCGGCUUCAUCAUCAUUGUCUUGAUAACAAUCUUCCUCGUCUUGAUAAUCCUCCGACCAACAAAACCAAGAUUCAUCCUCCAAGACGCCUCCGUCUUCGCCUUCAACCUCUCGCAGCCUAAACUCCUAACCUCAAACUUGCAGGUCAGAAUCGCUACACACAACCCAAACUCCAGAAUCGAAAUCUACUACGACCGUCUCCACGUCUACGCUACUUACUGGAACCAGCAAAUCACUCUCCGUACGGCCAUUCCUCCAAAGUAUCAAGGACACAAAGAAGACAACGUUUGGUCCCCUUUUAUCUACGCCCUUGCUCUCGGCGACGAGCAGAACCGUGGGUUCGUCGCGUUGAUUAUACGCGCGGAUGGGCGCGUGAGGUGGAAGGUUGGGACUCUUAUCACCGGGAAGUAUCAUCUUCAUGUUCGUUGUCCGUCUUAUAUCUCGGCGACAAGCAGAACCGUAAAACGCCACUAA